UUAAGAUCUGCCACAGUUAUGAGUGUUUUAUUUAUUAAUUUUUUUUUUUGCACAAUCAUCUUCCGACCGUUCCUAUACGCGCGUCAGCAAUGUUGAAAGAAUGAAAUGCCACACACAGGCAUGAACGCAUGUACGUACGUCACCUUAAAAUUUGAUUCCACCGCAACGCCAAACUGGCAACAAACAAACAACAACAACAACAGCAACACGAACAAUAUCUUACAGCACCAAUUAGAAGAAGAAAAAAAAGCAAACACACAUACACAUCAAAUCCUACCAUGUGCUAGGGCGGUCGUUUCCAGGGACGCGCGGGGUGUGUUAUCAGGCGAUCCCAAACCCCCAAAUUUGCCCCACCGCAUGUUUGUGUGUGUUGUAUUUGCUUGCGCGGCAGCAGAUCGUAGGUUUUUGGAGGGUAUCGCUUGCCGUUUCUUCUUGCUGCUGCUGCUGCCUCUGCUGUUGCUAAAAGAUUUGCCGAAAACACCAAUCGCGCCUCGCCGUGCUCACGCACACGCGCGCGCGCGCUCUCACCGCCUCUACGCAACGUGGACGCACCGCGGGCGGGACGCGCGGUUUCGGCUUCGGCGCGCGCGCUCGUUCGGCGGCGUUCGGGUGCGUCGCAAAAUUAACUCCGAAUAUACGUCCCUCACAAGAACAACCCAUCCUGCUUACGCACCCACAAAAUGUGGCCAUACGAAACACGCACACUGAGGCGCACAGCGCGCUGCCAAAAAGUUGCAAGCUCCAGCAAAAUUCGCCACCCGCCCUUAUCUGGCUGCCGUGCUUGGCUGACAGUGUGCACUUUUUGUUGUUGAACUUCGCUUUAUCGACGUACGAAAUAUUAAUUACAACCCCCUGCUCCCUUCGGUCCUUACCCGCAGUAGCCGAGCCAGCCGCCACCACUAUCAGCCGCGACAAUCGAUCGUUCGAUCAUGGUGCAGAACACACUUGCUGCCGGCAUCUAUAAGGGUAGGCCCUUCAGCUCACUCUCACUCGCAUCCCCACCCCACUCCCUGCCUCCAAAUUAGUUUUAUACAGCGCACUUAUGCAUGCUAGUGGUGGUGGUGAUGGUCGUGGUCGUCGUGAAGCUCGCCACGCGAUUACCGCUCGCCUGUUGCCGCCACUAACGUACGCGCACACACAUACAUGGAACAGGGCCGGCGGUGGGGAAGGGCUCGCAGGCCAGACGCGAGAGGAGAUCACCCGACGGGACGGCGAGCGGCGGACGGGAGGGUGGGCAAACCCGCGAAGCCGGACACUUUUUAUUCCCGCGGCAAGCACGAAGGCCCGCCAGUGUCGAAUAGCUUCUUCAGGAGUGAACACAAGCUCAAGCCCGCCUUGGCCUUCUCCUCGCUCGAGAUCAGCAAAACGAAGCAAACAACAAACAACAGAACGCGCCAGAACUGCAGCGAGCACGAGUGUCCUAACACGCGAAAAGAAAGAUUUCACUUUUUUUUGGUUUUUGCAAGCAAUCACUCAUCGUUGUGUAAAACAAAACAAAAAAAACAAGACAGAGAGAACGAUAUUACUAGCAAAAAAGGCAAAGGUACGCAGGAUUACGCUGGGCGUCAUCAUUAUCCGAUUUGUACCUUUUACCCCGUUCUGAAAGUACUGACAUACACAUCCUUGUCAAGCUUUAGUUUACUCAGUAGCACAUCCAUAGUAGCGAUACGUUAAGUAGCUUUAGUGUAAGGAACUAGUACAGAUACACCGAAACUCAGCAUGGAGCUGUGAUAUUACAGCUGAGCUGCUCGCUUAGUGUGGUGUGUGUUUUUUGUAUUGUUUUUUUUUUUCACUCACUUUCCUUUUUCACACGCAUUCCGGCCUGCAUUUGUUUUGCUAGUGUACAGUACAGCUGUCAAAUGCGACAUCUUCACAAGUAUUGCGAUCGCUCCCUUUCUAUCAACCGGCUGUUUGUCAGUAAUGCUGGAUAACCCAUCAUUGCACAGUGGAAAGGGAAAGUGUAUUUCUAGACCAUUCCAGUCCAGUGAAUAGUUAUCUCCUCCUGUCACUGUCGCAGCUAAAAGCCAGUAGGACGCUCCUUAGUAGAGCGAAAUUUGUCAGUAAAUAGUAAUAGUAGUACGUGCUCGAUCGGUACUUUCGAAUUCGGUGAAACAAAGUGCUUGCUUUUUUCUCUGUGCUACUCCUCCGUUUAUAUUGUGCAUGUGCGAUAGUGUCUAGGUAACAGCCCGACGCCUACAGUGAAGCAUCAAUCGCACCCUCAUAUCCCGCUGAAAGGAAACAUCGAAGGCGGUGCGUGCCAUCCUAAACGGUAGACAACUCCACCCUCACACCCCAAAACACAGAGCGCAUCAAGAUGGUCCUGCGAAGCAAGAACCUCGUACGCUACGUGUUCCAGAAUCAGCACAAGCUGAUCCAGCAGCUGCUGGUGCAGGGUGGACCGGUGCGUGCAUGCAGCGGGCACGGCGGCACGCAGCAACAAGCCCAGCUGCGGGUGGAGGAGGACGAUAACUUCCCCAAGAUUGCCGAGGUGCCGCCGCUAGCGGCACCGUUCCCGAUGACGAUCGAACAUGCGGCCGACGUGGGAGAACAGUUCAAGUAUUCCGAUCUCAGCGUUCGCCUGGCGGCACCGCACCAGCUCAACCCGAAGCCGGACGUGGACGACCUAGCGUUCGGCAAGUACUUUACCGACCACAUGCUGAAGGUGCCGUACCACCGCCGGCUCGGCGGCUGGCAGAAGCCGGAAAUUACGCCGAUGGAAAACCUUAACCUGCACCCAGCGGCAAAGGUGUUCCACUACGCGAUCGAGCUGUUUGAAGGCAUGAAAGCAUACCGUGGCUACGAUGGCAAGAUUCGCUUGUUCCGACCGGAGAUGAACAUGGCGCGCAUGAACGUUACCGCCUACCGGUCCGGUCUGCCCACGUUCGAGGGCGAGGAGCUGAUCAAGGCGAUGGCCCGGCUGGUCAUGAUCGAUUCCGAAUGGGUACCGCACACCGAAUCGGCCAGUCUGUACAUCCGCCCGACCCUGAUCGGCAUUGAGCCAACGCUAGGUGUUGCUUCUUCCGAUUCUGCCCUGCUCUACACGAUCCUGUCGCCCGUCGGACCGUACUUCAAGCCGGGCGCUAAGGGGUUGAAGCUGUACGCCGAACCGAAGUACACGCGGGCAUGGCCGGGUGGUGUCGGUGACCGGAAGGUCGGCUCCAACUACGGACCGACGAUCCACGUGCAGCAGGAGGCUCUGCGGCACGGUUGCCACCAGGUGCUGUGGCUGUACGGCGAUGACCAUCAGCUGACAGAGGUCGGCGUCAUGAAUAUCUUCAUGCUGUACAUGAAGGAGAACGGAGAGCGCGAGCUGCUAACACCUCCGCUGAACGGUCUCAUCCUGCCCGGCAUCACGCGCGACUCGAUCAUCCGCCUGUGCCACCAGUGGGGUGAAUUUUCCGUCCGCGAGCAAAAAUUCACCAUGCCCGAGAUCAAGAAGCUGUCCAAGCAGGGACGGCUACUGGAACUGUUCGGCGCAGGUACGGCAGCCGUCAUCAGCCCGAUCGAGCACAUCUCGUACAUGGGUGAGGAGAUCCACGUGCCAACGGAAAGCCACGACAACCCGCUGUAUCGGCGGUUGUACAACACACUUACCGACAUUCAGUACGGUAAGCUGGAUCAUCCGUGGGCCUACGUCAUAGACUGAAGUGAGUUAGCGUGGGUGUCACGUUUAAUGAUCCUCCCCGCGACAAGCAGGACCAUCCAGUAGGUUCAGCAGCAACCCUACGCUGUCCUUCCCAAUUCCAAAACUACCCCUCCCCCCCUCCCCUCUUACAGGUUUUGGAAGUCCUGCAGCUACGGCCAGCUACACUCCUACUAUCCUCUCUGUAUAUACUAUAUAUUGUUUCUUAGUACAGUAAGUCAUUGCGUCUCUCUCGGUACCUCGCUCUCAGAUACGUUUAGCGGACACACAAAAAUUAGCGCCUUCCUUUGCCCUGUUGUAACCACCAAUGUCUAAUGAUCUUCAUCCGGUUCAAGUGUUCUUCUUCUGCAUCCGACACCCUAUCCUUUCGCAUCCGCAUCUCCCGGCCCGGUUACAUGCCCUGACUUUCCAACUCCAAAAUUACUUGUGAUAGAGUCGUGUUUGUGAGAAAGCGAGAGAACGAGAGAGCUCAUUCCUGUUUCGCUAGGAUAGGGUACGAGUACACAAUAGUUGCCUAGGCUAGACGGUUAAGUAAGCGCUCAAAGGUGUACACCCAAGGCGUACUACCGACUCUCUUCCGAGAGCCGUGUUGUGCCAGCAGGCCAUUCCGUUUAUAGGUUCGAAGUUUUUUAGCAGUUGUAUGCCCUUUUGUAUGCGAAUGAACGGAUCGCCCACUUUCCAUUGUUGCCAUCGAACGGAUGCGGAAAAGGUCGCGGGAGCACACCUGCACUCCUUUAACCUUUCCUGCCGGAAUCGUGCAUUUACUAGUACUGUAAGAUAGGGUUUGCCUCCAUUUCUUGUGUAUUUAUAAAUCGUAGUGCGUGCGCAUGCAUCGAUAAAACGAAAAAAAAAAAACAAAAAGCAUUCCUGCAAACAGCGGCUAGACGGCCUCGAGGAGCUAGACACGUUCGAAUCAGAUGAUGUAUGACAAAGCAAACGUAUACUGGCACGCGGAUGAUUCUCCUCGGCGCGUUUGAUUCGUCACCACAAUGUCGUGUGGUUGCUCUACUCGCAAUAACACAUUCUGGAAUGGCAGAACGACAGAGAGUGAGAGGAAGUUAACGUUUUGUCUGUCCAUCCAAUGAAGUAUCCCCUGUACGGCUUCUGUUUCUAAGUAGACUCAGCCACCGCCAAGUGUCCCGGCUCCUUAGGGUCUGUCAGGAUAUUGGUUUUCUCUUGUGAUAGGGCCUUUCUUAGGUAUUUCUUUAGAUUUUAAGUUUUUUUUUCUGUUCGCUUAGCUGUUUUGGCUACGCGUGUAGGCCGUAGUAAUAAACAUAUUUUAUUUUUCUUGUUUAGAAAAGAAAUUUGUCGUACAAAGGAAGAAAAAAGUGCAUUUCCCCCUGAAUAGAUUGGCUCUUUUGUACAUAUAGCGAAAAGUAGCCACUAGCUUGCGGAUUGGAAAGGAGGAGAGUAUUAUGUUCUACCUUUCCACGUACGCGGUCCUGUAAGUGGCUCGCCUAUAGGAGAAGAGAAGUUAAUGCUCUCUCCCUACUACGGCCAGUACCCAUACGUACCCUCAAACCAAUUGUGUGGACGAAUGGACGACUGGCGGCUCCAUCGCAAGCAUAAGCCUAUUCCAUAGGAACUCUAGCGUUUAGCGUGUCCUUAGUAUCGAAAGUGUCAUAAGCUACUGAAAUUGUGUUAGCAAAGCAAAACAGAAAACAAUAAAUCAUUGAAUGUGUUAUACCUUA